UAGGCGCUGGGCGAGGCUGGUGGCUGAGACUUAUCUUACCAUCGCCCCUUGUGUGUGAGUGUAUGUCUCCUCCACACCCACCAUAAUACACCUGUUUCAACACACAAGACACCGCUAUUACCACUAAAGUGUAUGACAGGACAAACUUCAUUGAUUCUGGAAAAUGGAGGACUUUCUGAGCAUGGCCCCUUCAUUGCUCUCUGAGCCAUCAGCCAGCAUCUUCCAGGGACACUGCUCACAUACCAGGCUCUUGUCGAUUAUACCCCACCAUGACAAGUUACAGGGCCAGGGUCUUGGUUUAACAGAGAUGAUAAAUGCCAUGGCUGCUCAGCAACACAUGUACACAGCCGCUGCAGCGUACGGUAGCUUGGAGGCUGCAGCAUAUGCUCAGUAUCCUCAGUAUGUUACACAGGGUGCAUACAUUGCUUCAGCAGCUGCACCAGGAAGUGGACGUGGACAUGGCCGUAGUAGCUUAGACCCUUAUGAUAGUUAUGCAGCAGCUACUUACGAGCCAGAUCCCCCACGCCAUCGGGAACGCCGUGACCGUGAGGAUCGGCGCAGAGACAGAGAUCGUGAUCGUGAUAGGGACAGGAGAGAUAGGGAUAGAGACCGCAGGGACCGUGAUCGUGACAGAGACCGGGACAGAGAUAGGGAUAGGGAUAGAGACCGUGAUAGAGAUCGUGAUCGUGAUCGCUGGAGGGACGACGACCGUGACCGCAGCCCUCGUCGUGAGCGUGACCACAGAGACUAUAGAGACUAUGAUCACCAUAGUAGAGAUCAUUAUGAUGAAGAACGAACAGAUUACAAGUCUCAACCACCCAACAACACAAUCAUGGUCCGAGGGUUGGCACAGCACAUUACUGAGAAUGAUAUUCGUGCAGAUAUCCUAGCCUGUAAUCUCAUGCCAAAGGACAUCAGGCUCGUCAGGAAAAAAGAAUCAGGUGCAUCAAGAGGCUUUGCCUUCGUGGAGUUUACGACGGUACAUGACGCCACACGGUGGAUGGAAGCCAAACAGGGUGUCCUCAUUCUGCAAGAAGUGUAUAGAGCAACUUUACAGUAUUCCAUCCCGAAGGAGUCAUCAGAACGGCAGUCGAAGGCUUCACAAGAUUGGUUUUGCAUCAGGUGUGGUGCUCAUAAUUUCAAGAGGCGUGAUUCUUGCUUCAAGUGCUCUGCUCCCCGCCAUGAGUCUGAAGCAGGGGAAGAGGGCAGUGAUGAAGUUUGUACAUAUCCAACAAAUACUCUUCUUUUGCGGGGUUUAGAUGUUUUAAGUACAGAAGAAAGUGUCCUACAAGGUAUCCAGCAUGCCGGUAGUGACCUGCCCAUUCGGUCCGUUCGCAUCGGACGAGAUCCCCUGACCAACACGUCACGAGGAGUCUGUUACAUUGAACUGAACUCUGUCUUAGACUCUAUGCAAUUACACAACAAACUUGCACAUGCCCCUCCAACCAUAGAUAACAAACAGGUGACCAUUUCCUAUUGCAAACUCAACCAGAAUAAUGGAAGUAACAACAGCUCAGGUAACAGUUGGUCAAGCCAACAUCAACAGCAGCAGCAGUACCACCAACCAGCAGAAUACACUGCCGGAGCAGACAUCAAACAGCUGGCCGAGUACAGCGCCUCUCUGUAUGCUCAGACUCCUGAGGAACAUGCAUCUUAUGUCCAGUAUUAUACCAUGUACUACCAGCAACAGGCACAGGCAUACCAACAAAAUCAACAGCAACAGGGCAGCUCAAAUCAAUCCGAUUCUGUCAAUGCUGCAGCAGCUGUUGCACAGUCUGCACUACAGGCAAUGCACCAGAAGUCAGCAGCCACUGCUUCUUCAACUGCUGCUGCUGCCGCCGCCGCUGCUGCUGCUGCUGCUGCUGCCGCUGCUGCAGCUCAGAGUACUUAUACUACGGCUACCACAGCUACAACCACCACUAGUGAUCAGACAUCCACACAGGCCUCGACAAACUCUGCAAACUUUGAUGGAGUUCAAAUGCAAACUGGAGAUUACCCCACUUACCCUCCUCCUGAUGUAAGUACGUACCAGUAUGAUGAAACUUCAGGCUACUAUUAUGAUCCAUCAACUACACUGUACUAUGAUGCGAGUAGUCAGUAUUACUAUAAUGCAGAGAGCGGUCAGUACUUAUACUGGGAUGCAGAGAAGUCGACGUACCUUCCUGCUCCCAUUGGAGAAGAUGGUCAUGUCGGCAAGAAAGGUGACAAAAAGGAAAAGGAAAAAGAUAAACAGGAUAAGGUCAAGGUGGCAAAGAAAAUAGCUAAGGAUAUGGAGAGGUGGGCUAAGGCACAGAAUAAGCGCAACGAGAGCUCUGUGGUUAGUAAAGUUGCAUCAGCUGAACCUGCAGGAGGAGCCAAGGGCGAGUGUGGUGGCACAGGGGCUGCCGAUGCUGCCUUUGCUGUUCUUUUGGAGCGAAGAGAUCGUGCAUCUUUGGUGGAAAAGCAAGCCCAAGUAUUCCACAUGCAUAUGAAGAAGGAAACUCCCCCUGUACUUGCAGGGCUAAAGAAGUCUGGGCUGGUGGCAGCUUAUGGAGGUGAAGGAAGUGAUAGUGAAGAGGAAAGUGGAGCAGGGCUGGGUAAUCCUGCUGCUGAUGACAGGUGGGAGGACAAGCUGGUAGAUUAUGUGAAGAUGGCUUGCCUUCUUUGUAAGAGACAGUUCCCUAACAAAGAGGCACUUGGCAGACACGUACAGCUAUCUGAUCUUCACAAGACAAACUUGGAGACAAUGAGGAAGACGAAAGGAGGAGAAAACAGUGGUUCUGCGGGAUUGACAUCUGCCCAGUACAGAGACCGAGCCAAAGAGAGGCGGCAAAAGUAUGGAGAGCCCAGUGUACCUGCACCCAACAAACUUAAGGAACGUUAUAUUGCCUCAAGGGAGGAAGUAGCUGCUUCCAAAUAUGAAGAGCCAACGAAACAAGGCAUUGGAAGUGACAACAUUGGAAACAAGCUACUGAAGAAGAUGGGGUGGACUGAUGGACAAGGUCUUGGUAAAGCUAACCAAGGCCGAACAUCAAUUAUUGAAACUGAACGGCGUGUUGCCACUGCAGGUUUAGGCCUACAAGGGAGCACCUAUAGUGUUGUUGGAGAUAGUUACAAGGAGUGUGUUAAGAAAAUGAUGUUUCACAGAUACCAAGAACUAGAUGCACAAGAGAAGUCUGUUAAGAAUUAAAAUGGCAUGGGACAGUGAAGAUUGGCAAAAAUAUCUUUGUAGACAAGACAGUUCAUAAGUUGGCCAAUAGUGUCAUUGAAUGUACCGGUACUUACUUACUUGUGAUUUCUUGAAAGUGCACAUACUGAUCUGUGGUUGAAGACAGCUGAGAUGGCCUUGGCUUGGCUUCAGGCAAGUUCUGGAUAAACGUAAGCAAAGUUGACCAUUGUAUAGCAAAGAAAAGCAUUACAAGACAUUAUUUUUGUUGCACUUGGGUGUAGUCGACACAUUGCUCAUGAUAUGACGCUGGCAAGUGAGGCUAAAGGUAAAGCCAUGUACAAAUAUUCUCACCCUUCUUCACACUUAUUUAAACUUCCUUCUCGAGACUGGAAACUGAUCGGUUAUUUCUUAUAAUUUAUGAGAUACAAGCCGGUAGUUUUGUAAAUUGUUAUUGCUUCCUGAGUAACACAGGACUACAAGUAGCAAUAAUUCUUGUCAAUAUGUAAUAUAUUUACCUGACCAAUUUGUAUAUUUAAAUGUGGCUAUUUUCUUGUGUGAUGAAGUUGAUACAUUCUCUCAUUGUUCAUUGUCAACUUUGGAUAGUCCAUACUGUGAAAUAUACUGUAUAUAAGAUUGAUGUAGCUUGUUUAUAAUAUUUUUGUUUAUAUUUUGUGAGAUGCUACUUAAAAUAAAUGUGCAAAAAGAAA